AUGAAUAAUGUCCAUAUGAUGCCGAAAUGCGUCAAGGAAGAGUUUUGGCGACAAAGCGGAUGUACACCCCCAAGACAACCUUUCCAAAGAAUAGAAGCCGAAAUGAGGCAACUUCAGAGAACUACAAAUAACCUUAUCCCUAAGGCCACUUUCAAAAAAGUUGCACGCGACUUGACUCGAGAGACAAAACCAAAUGUUCUUCGAAUUGAGAAAAGGGCGUGUGAACUACUUCAAUCUGCUUCUGAAAGUUAUCUUGUCUCGCUUUUUCAAGAUUCCCAACAAAUCGCGGCACACUCAAAACGAGUUACUGUGACCAAUCGCGACCUACUCCUCGCUCUCAGACUUCGUUAUUAA